CCUCCGUAAAAUAUUCAGUAUGCCUUCAAGCUUGUCAAAUAACGGCCGGGUACCAGUCUGGUGUUAAUGCUACUAUAUAACUCGGAUAUACUGCGAUGUUUACCAAAUCAUGCAGGUCUAGAAAAAAUGCUAAAUUCUUCUAGUUAAAGCCAUAUCUAUACGAAUGGAAUGACAAUAUGGCAUCAAAUUCAGAUCUCGCUGGCGAAGAAAGUAAUGCAACGAAAUCAACUACACAAGCAGGACUAUAUCAGGAACUGAAAAUUAUUCUUGAAAUACUACCAAUUGACAACGAAUUACAGAAAGCUCUUCAGUCUGUUUUCGAUGAAUUAGACAAACUGAGCGAUGCCGAUUCAGAGGAACUGCGGUCAAGCAUUGUUUCAUUUGUUUCAUUACUGCCCAGUUUGAAGAAAAAUGAUUUAAAUGUUGUUGUAGGUGUGCAAUUAUUUCAAAAUGCUUCUUCCAUUUUCAAACAGUUGUCCACUGUUCAUCCGGUAUUUUCCGUCUUGUAUUUUGUUAUUGUUGCUGGCAUGGCAUUAUUCAACAGACAGACGAAUAGUCCUAAUCUAGAAACUACUCUGAAGGAGAUGCUAAAAGAACAAUCCGAUAGCGAUAUGCUGAACGAAUGUGAAGGAAUAAAAUGUACAUUGACAAAAUAUGCCAAAUUAGUAUGUGCUAUGGGCGACAAAAAACUUGAAACCCAUGAAGUAAGUGCUGUCUGCGCAAUGGUUCCAAUCGGUGACGGCUUUGCAACGAUGGGAAAAUUAGCAAAGCGUAUCAAGGAGCUCAGAGACGAGGAAUAUGAAAAAUAUUGUAGUUAUAGAACCUCGGAAUUUGAAAAAAUUGUUCGUUAUAUUCACGUUUACUGUUGUCUUGAUACGAUGAAGAGAGGAAUAUUAUGGCAUAUAUAUGCAUUACUGAAAUUUUCAAAUAAUUCACCAAGUCUUAUUAAAGGAGUGAAAGCUGUUAUCGAGGAACAACAAGAUGAAAAUAGGGAAUUGUUAAAAUUCUUAGUCCAGCCAUCGAGAGAAACUGCAAUCAUCCAUUAUUCUGGAAACUUGUUCGAACACAAGAUAAUACAACAAUUCCUAGAAGCGCAUGAAAUGAAAAUGGAUGAUUUGAAUUUUCUGUGCGAAGGCGUAUAUCAUAUAAAACCAGUCAUGUAUAAAGACUCAAAGAUGUAUAUGGCAAAAAAUAAAUUCCCAGGACUCAAGUUUGUUAGAUGGACAUAUACCAAAUCUGUCGCUCAGAAAAAAAACCGUUUUACAUUCCAGCGUGCAAGUAUUGGUGGAAAUUAUUUUCAUAUUAAUUCCCACAGACACACCGAGUAUCAUGUUAGGGCGGUGAUCAAUGGAAUGUGGGUGGAUGGAUUAAGUGGUGAUCCUAGUGCGGUGUAUGGCACAUGGAAAAUUAUUCCGAUAGAUAGUGGGGGAAAGUCAAAAUAUUAUUUGAUUGCCCCGCAGGGAUUCACAAACAUGUUCUUAUUUGCUGGUUUCACAGGCAGAAUAUGUGUUCAAAAGUUCAUCAAAAGUGAAUAUGAACAAGUUUUAUGGCAAAUUGAACAAACUGUAGAUGAAGACAAUUCAGACAAUACAGCACUUGAAGCUGAAAAUGAUGAAAAUAAGAAGAAUGAAGAUGAAGACAAUUCAGACAAUACAGCACUUGAAGCUGAAAAUGAUGAAAAUAAGCAGAAUGAAGAUGAUAAAAAUGAUGGCAAUAAACAAGCCGACGACCAUGGAAAUGAUGACAAACAAGCCGACGAUAAAAAAAAGAAAGGCAAUAAACAGACCGACGAUUAUCAAAAAAAUGACCAUAAACAGGCCGACUAUCGAGAAAAUGAUGACAAUAAACAGGCCGACGACCAAGAAAAUGAUGACAAUAAACAGGCCGGCAAUCAUGAAAAUGAUGACAAUAAACAGGCCGGCAAUCAUGAAAAUGAUGACAAUAAACAGGCCGGCAAUCAAGAAAAUGAUGACAAUAAACAGGCCGACGACCAAGAAAAUGAUGACAAUAAACAGGCCGGCAAUCAUGAAAAUGAUGACAAUAAACAGGCCGGCAAUCAAGAAAAUGAUGACAAAAAACAGGCCGGCAAUCAUGAAAAUGAUGACAAUAAACAGGCCGGCAAUCAAGAAAAUGAUGACAAUAAAGCCGACGAUCAAGAAAAUGAUGACAAUAAACAGGCCGGCAAUCAUGAAAAUGAUGACAAUAAACAGGCCGGCAAUCAAGAAAAUGAUGACAAAAAACAGGCCGGCAAUCAUGAAAAUGAUGACAAUAAACAGGCCGGCAAUCAUGAAAAUGAUGACAAUAAACAGGCCGGCAAUCAAGAAAAUGAUGACAAAAAACAGGCCGGCAAUCAAGAAAAUGAUGACAAACAAGCCGACGAUCAAGAAAAUGAUGACAAUAAACAGGCCGACGACCAAGAAAAUGAAGACAAUAAACAGGCCGACGACCAAGAAAAUGAUGACAAUACUAGUAAUUAGGCCGGCAAUCAUGAAAAUGAUGACAAUAAACAGUCCGGCAAGAAAAAAAUAAAAAUAAAUAAAGACAACAAACAGGCCGGCGAUAAUGACCAUGAACUGGAUGAAGAUGAUAAAAAUUAUGGCAUUAAACAAGCCGACGAUCAUGGAAAUGAUGACAAACAAGCCGACGAUAAAAAAAAAAGAA